ACGCCUUCCAAUUUCCGAAAAUUCUCAGAGGCAAAAAUCAAAAUUAAAACAGAGAUUGGUGAACGGAGCGAAAUUGAGAGGUCUCCCUGGAGUUCUAUUUGAUCUAGCUGCUUACGGACCACUUCACUGCCGCCGCCGCCACCGCCAGGCUCGGAGUUUCGGUCAUAUUGUAAUUCGUUCUUCAGCUUUCUGUGCGAAGUCCUUUAUACAAAAUGAUAGGAGCACUAAUCACCAGAGGACUCACGAUGAUUUUGGGCUAUGCCUAUCCUGCUUAUGAAUGCUACAAAACGGUUGAAACCAGCCAGCCAGAGAUUGAACAACUUCAUUAUUGGUGCCAGUACUGGAUUCUGGUGGCUAUAUUGACAAUUCUCGAGAGAAUUGGCGAUUCUUUUAUUUCAUGGUUUCCGUUCUAUGGUGAAGCAAAGUUGGCAUUCUUCGUUUAUCUAUGGCAUCCAAAAACCAAGGGAGCGAACCAUGUGUAUGAUUCGUUUUUCAGACCAUAUGUUUCAAAGCACGAACCUGUAAUUGAUCGGAACUUGUCGGAGUUGAAGCUAAAAGCCAGCGAUGCUGCAUUUCUCUACUUUCGAAGAGCUGCUUCCUACUUUCAAACUACUUUGUUUGAUAUAUUUUCUAAGAUUAAUACUGCCACUGCUGCUGCUCCUCCACCUCCCAAGCCGCAGAAGCAACCAUCAUCUCUUUCGGAAAAUAAGCAGGAAGAAGAUGACGAAGAUGAAGCGAAAAACAAAUGAGAUGGCAAUGGCAACGGCGGAAACAAUUAAGAAUACAAUAAUAAUAAUAAUAAUAAUAAUAAUAAUAAUAAUUGUAACACAAAGAAAAGCAAUUCCAAAAGAAGAAAAGCAAUUCCAAAAGAAAACUCCAUAUUGUAAAACCAUAUUAUCAACCCAAUAACGAAAACUGUAAUAAUGAAGAUCGAUUAUAUAUUAGAAGUUUCUCAUCCUCUUAUUUCUUUUAA